CGUUCUCUACCGACACAUCACUACUUGAAACAGACGGCGGAUCAAGAUGGCGGCUUUCGGCACGGAGCGCUGGCUGAAUGAGUUACCAAACCACGCUAUCUUCCAAAAGAUACGAGGGAAGUUGGAUUUGGAGCCCACCUCAAAUGAAAGAGGGGUCGCUAAGAACCUGACCUUCUGUCUGGGUGGGGACCUGUUCGUGUGGGACGACGUGGACCGCGUGUUUUACACCACCAACCUGCGGCAGCUGAACACGGAGGAGAGUCGCAGCAGCAGCGGGAACCACCACCAGACCCUGCUCUGCAUCAACCCGCCUCUCUUCUCUCUGGGCCAGGUGCUGCUCAGCCCGACCCAGCACCACGUCGCUCUCAUCGGGCAGCGGGGCGUGUCGGUGCUGGAGCUGCCUCAGCGGUGGGGCAAGAGGUCGGAGUUCGAGGGCGGCCGGAGAGAAGUCAACUGUAAGACCAUCCCGGUGGCGGAGCGCUUCUUCACCAGCUCCCCGUCGGUCACUCUGCGGCAGGCCGCCUGGUACCCCAGCGAGACCGACGAGCCACACCUGGUGCUGCUCACAUCCGACAACACCAUCCGGUUCUACGGCUUGAAGUCGCCCCAGACGCCCGCCAAAGUCCUCUCAGUGUCCCAGUCGGAGGAUGACAGCAGCGGCCAUCCUCCGGUCCGCUCCUACGCAGCCUCUCUGGGAGAGAUCGCAGUGGCGUUUGACUUCGGGCCCAUUUCAUCCCCCCAUCGGCAUCUGGGCGCCAAAGAGCAGCUGGUCUACCCGCUGUACGUCCUCUACGAGAACGGUGAGACCUACGUGAGCUACACGAGACAGGCAAACGGUGUGAGUGCCACUAAACCCGCUGGACCUCUCCCCAUGUACCCUGCAGCAGAGGACAACUACGGCUACGAUGCCUGUGCCAUCCUCUGCCUGCCAUGUGUGCCCAGCAUCCUGGUCAUCGCCACAGAGACAGGCACCCUGUAUCACUGCGUGGUGCUGGAGUCUGAAGAAGAGGAGGAGACAGUAGGAGCAGUGGAGAAGUGGAUCCGAGGAACAGAGGCUGUGCCGGCUCUCUACGUGUUUGAGUGUGUUGAGCUGGAGCUCACCCUCAAAGUAGCCACAGGAGAGGACGAGGAGCCUCAAGAGUUUGAUUUCACCUGCCCCAUCAGACUGCACAGAGACCCCCUGUGCCAGCACCGGUAUCACUGCACCCACGAAGCAGGAGUGCACAGUGUGGGGCUGAUCUGGGUCAACAAGCUACAGAAGUUCCUCCUGUCAGGCGAGGAGGAUAGGGACAAUCUGCAGGAGCUGGCUGCUGAGAAGCGUUGUAUUGUAGAGCACAUUCUCUGCACCAGACCGCUCCAAACUAGUCAGUCAGCUCCAGUUCGUGGCUUCUUGAUUGUGUCUGACCUCUCCUUGGGCGCCACCAUGAUCUGCAUCACCAGCACCUACGAGUGCAUCCUGUUGCCCCUGCUGAGCUCCAUUCGGCCCCCAUCCCCUCCUCUGCUCUGUUCACAUCCAGGUCCAGGUUCCGGUAGCUCCCCUCUGCGUGGGCUGGCGGACGACUCUUUCGAGCAGCACAUCCGCAACAUCCUGGCACGCAGCUCCACCAAUCCUCUCGUUCUCAAGGCCGGAGACAAGGACACGUCACCGCCACCUCCAGAGUGUCUGCAGCUCCUCAGCAGAGCUACGCAGGUCUUCCGCGAGGAGUACAUCCUCAAGCAGGACAUGGCCUGCGAAGAGAUGCAGAGAAGGGUGAAACUCCUGACGAGCCAGAAGAACAAGCAGCUGGAAGAGAUGACUCUGUGCAGGGAGGAGAGGAAGAGCCUGAGAGAGGCAGCGGAGAGGUUGGCCGAUAAGUACGAAGACGCCAAGUAUCGCCAGGAAACCAUCAUGAACGGGGUGAAAAAGGUGCUGGGCAGCCUGCAGAGCCAACUACCCAUACUGUCAAACAGCGAGAAGGAUAUGAAGAAGGAACUGCAGGCCAUCAGCGAUCAGCUCAGACACCUGGACAACUGCAUCAAACAGGUGAACAUGAAGAUGGACUACCAGAAGACACAAGUGGACAAGGAUGCGCCCGCAGCCAGGACGACCGUCUCGCUCAACGUCCAGCAGAAGAAGGUCGUUCAGGAUGUCCUCAGAGAACAGGGACAGCAAAUCGGUGACAUGAUGAAACAAAUCAAAGACAUCAAAAACCAUUUCAGUUUCUAAGCGCUGCAGAAAACAGUAAAAAAUGUAUCGCAAACAAUUGAGGGGAAAUAAUUCAAAUGCUCUUUUGACUACAGUGUAAAUCUGCCUUUUUGUGACAUUUGAAGGGAAGCCUGAUUGAGUGCUUUAGUCAGAUGUUAAUGUGCCAUGUGUGUUUUGAAUUGAAAGCUAUUUUAUAUACACUGAUAUAACUUUACCUUUGAUACUACAUGUUUGUCUCUCAAUAGGCAUACGAUGGGUUUGCUUUCAUGUUUAGCAUAACAUUUUGCAUAUUUCAGCGUUUCCUCAAUUUCAAUGUUUCAGUCGGAGCAGAAUGUCAUGUAUAGGCAGGAACGACGGGAAAUAUUGUGAGCUUUUCAACAUGGUUUGCUCACUUUUGGGAUUUAUAAUAAAAUUGAAAGUUCUCUGUAA